GAGGGAGGGCAGCCUCAGAUUUUGUCGUCUCCCCGGCUCUUUCCCUAGCGACUCCGUCCGAGACCCCUCUCCUACCCCCAAAGGCGAAGGCCAAGAUCCGCCUCUCUCUCUCUCUCUCUCUUUCUCUCUCUAAGGUUUGGUGGUCUCUAAGAAUCUCGUUGGUUUUCUGGCCCCAAUCGGUGUUUUUCCUUGCAUCAGUGGAAGCUAGGAUAGGGUUUCUUGCAUCAGUGGAAGCUGGGCUAGGGUUUCUUGCAUCAGUGGAAGCUAGGCUUGGGUUUCUUGCAUCAGUGGCCCCAGUCGGCGAUGGUUUCUCCACGGAAGGAGGGUUUCGGAAACGACGAGAAGGCCGAGAGUUCGGAUCGGCCCCUUGGUGGCGACGCCUCCGAGGAAUUCAGGGAAAUCGAUGGGUCGGGAUCGUCCCGACCCCAGGGUACAACGAGAACCGCUGGUGGUCUCGCCGAGAGGCUGAGUGAUGUUCUCCGAGGUGAAUCGGACGGGGAUCUCUUUCUUGGGCGGAGUGAUUUGGAGAGCGGGGUGCUGCAGUGGCUCCGGGCGCUGGAUCUCCAGGUUCUUGGUGCCUGCCGUGCCGAUGAGAGGCUCAGGCCCCUGCUGAAGCUCAACGUCUCGACCGGCGCUGCAGAAGACCGGCUGAUUACACAGCUAAGCCAGCAUUUUGAAGCUUCAGAAGUUGGAUUGCUGGCAAGGUGCUUGUGCGCUCCUCUGGUUUCUAUUCGUGUAGGAAAGGUUAACAAACAGGGGAACCUUCUGUGCCCGGCUGCAACUAGGGGACAUCUGAAUCUUACGCUCCUGCCUUCAUCUAAAAUGCGCAUCUCGUUCAUUGGGGAUGAUGGUUGUGUUGAGAGGCUGGCUGUAGUGAGCAAUGACUUGGACAGCUCAGAUGUGUUAAUUGAAGAUAUAUCAGCUGAUAGUUCUAGUCGGUCCUUUCUUGUAAAGCUCCCAGGGUCUCAGGUCUUGUACUAUUGGUGCUCGGAGAAGUCAGAGAUCUAUGGGAAGGAGUUGCUUGCAAAGAUGAAAGACCUUCUAAGAGGGAAACCCACUUUAUCCCAUUUAACCGGAAUAUCUGAGUCUCGCCUUAAUUCUUUUGCAACUCAUCUUCGGGCAUAUCUUAUUGGAUCGUCAAACAUUGCAGAAGCUAAUUCAAGUGCUUCAUCAAACAGUUUGCUGAGUACUGCCAGUACACUUGCGUCUGACUCCCAAUCCUCAUCUAUGGUUUCCAAGUCUUUCCGCUUCCGUCCAACAACAGCUCAUAUGGCAAAGAUGCAUCCUUUUCAUCAAGGCAGUCUUAGUCCAAGAUUAAACACUUUCAAGGAUGGGAUGCCAAGAAUCUUGUCUUCCAUAAAAAGUGGGGCGAGAGAGAAACUCAAGCGGCGUGGAGAGAGCCAUCUCAGCAGCUUGUCGACUAUCAACAACCAAGAAAUUACUUCACUGCCCACAUGUACAACCGAUGUCGUAUUUACCAGACAAUGUGAAGAUAACAUUUCCAGUGAUAAUGGAAGCUGUAGUUGUGUUCCUUGCUCCUUGCCUGAUGUGUCUUGUUUAGCCUCCCCUCUCUCAUCAUUUAAUCCUUUAUCAAUCUAUUUUCCUCCUUCUCAGGUUCCUACUCCGAGCUCUCUGUUCACACCUUAUUACUGCUGGUGCCCUCCCUGCCCCUCUUCACUACAGUAUACAGUAACCCCACCACAUCUGCCAUCUGUAUCUACCGAGUCUCUACCUCUGCCACCUUUGUCUUCAUUGUUGCCUGCUGCUGGACCCCCAGUUUCAUUGGUUCAAACAAAAAUGUCUAUAGAUGCUGUUGAGCUUCCCUCAACGAACUUCCCAGCUCCUUUCUUGGAUCCACUUGUUCGCUUCCCACUUCCUGUCUCUUCCCUUGUUGCGUUGCCGAACUCGCAACAAAUUCCGACUUUCACACCAUUCAUGUCUGAUCCUAUUGUACACAUUCCCGUAAUUGAUGUUUGCUCCUCUGGCCAAGGUUAUCUUGUUAGUGCUGCACCUGCCAUACCAUCAGCCAUUCCACCUCUGCUUCCAAUUGUAAAUCCUCUCAUGCCAGAAACUGAAUCACUGGUGGAGAAGAGUGCCAGGGAAACACUUCGGAUGCUUAUGGCCUCGGCACCAACACCAGCCACCCCACAGUUAAUGAGUGUGUUGCCUGUGGUCUUUAGCAGUGUGAAUGAGAACUUUUCUUGCAACCAUGUAAACAAGCUUGGCGCAGUUGCGGCUUCUAGUGGUUCGUGUCUUUGUAACGGAACUCCGGAUAUUGAUAGUAUUGCGAGUAGCAUGUCUUUGAUAGAGUUAUAUCCCUUGAGGGAAGGGGUUGCGGAUGAAGGUGGCAAUUCUAUGACAACCAGUCAUGAGGAAAACAGUGUCGGUGAGAAGGAUGGUGACCUACCAAAGAGUCUGAAGUUUAAUGAGUAUGGAAAUCAGUCAGAAGAUGGCAACUUGUCAUGAGAUGGACUGGGCUAUGAUGAUAGAUGAUAUACAUGGUUAUUGUGCAGUGUAUAUGUAAUUAGGUCUAUGGCUGGUUGAAAGAGGCAGUGGUCUCUUUCUUUCUUUUGUCCCGCCCGGCCAUGAUGUGGCCUUUUAUGGGAAUUUGUAAUUAACUAGCUGUGAUCCUUCUAAUGAUGGAAUUAGUUUUGAUUCUUGUGGCUGUAAUUUUUCAGUUUUUCUUCUGCUGUAAUAUUUGAUAAAAGAACAACCAAGAUUUUAAGAAAACCUGCCCUUGCUCUAUUCACAGGGCCUGAUCCUUUUUCAAA